CCGUGCAUCUGAUCGCACAACACCGGAAAUCAACAGAAGAAAUUCGCGUUGGUUACAGAGUGAUAUUUCUGCAACUUCGGGUGGCACUCAUCGUCUACAGUCGAGAGCCAGAAGACGUAAAAAAUAGGGCUACAUUAAUUAAUGGUUACGUUGAAUUUCUUCUUUUGCAAAAAUGGCUGAAAUACUCACUCUGAAAGCGUUCGUUAACGAGCGACUAACCUCUGCAGCUGAAGAGAUAUUUGGAAUGUUUGAGAAAACCAUUAACGAACAUCACGCGGAAUUUUCCCGUUUAAACGAGGAGCUCAAGAUUCAACGCAGACAACUGGAGACCGUUUUACACCCAAACAAACCAUUACACAGAGCAGACCCACAGCAGUUCAUUGUCAAUGAUCCUGAACAGGAAGCUUGCCAUGAACAACAGCACUGUGACUUGGAUUGGAGGAACAAUGUUAUCCUGCUUAUGGAUGAACCAGCACCCCAACAAAUUAAAGAGGAAGAGGAGGUACAUCGGACCAGUCAGGAAGAAGAGUGUAAUCAAGGGCUGGAAGCUGAUUCAAAAGAAUGUAUAUUGACUCAAACAUUUGAAGAACAAUCUCGGUUUUCCAACACAUACCUAACCAGAAGUGUAAAGAACAUGACAGAAGAACCUCCUCACAAACUACCCAAUCAAAAGGGAGGAAAGCAUGCUGUGCAAGAACGGGCAUGUAAACGGAAUACCAUUGAGGUGUCAAAUCCAAAAUUGCCUGAUGAAAGUCAGUCUGUGUAUAGUUGUAAGGUGUGUGGAAAUACUUUUCACUAUAAGGGUAACUUGGUGAGGCAUGUAAGAUUGCAUACAAAGGAUGCUGAAUGUCGUUGCGGUGUUUGUGGGAACUCCUACCAAGAGGCCACUGAACUGAAAGUCCAUUUAAGAACCCAUAAAUUGUUUCAGUGCACUGUUUGUGGAAAAAUAUUAGUCAAUGGUUCAAGUCUGAAAGUGCACAUGAGGACACACACUGAAGAGAAACCACAUUGUUGUAAAGUUUGUGGCAAAGGAUUUAAACAAAUGGGGCAUUUGAUUGUACAUACAAGGACACACACCAGAGAGAAACCACAUUGUUGUAACAUAUGCAACAGAGGAUUUAAUCAAAUGGUACAUUUGAGUGUGCAUAUGAGAACUCAUACCGGGGAGAAACCUUUUUCUUGUCAUGUCUGUGGUAAAGGAUUUGUCUCUAGAGGAAAUCUAGUUCAACACAUUAGAGUCCAUUCAGGGGAUAAACCAUACAUUUGUAAUGAUUGUGGUAAAACAUUUACUAAGCGUACAAGUCUUAAUUACCACAUGAGGAUACAUAUUGGAGGGAAAACAUUUUGCUGUCAUAUCUGUGGUCAAGAUGUCUGCACUAGUGAAGACUUGAAAAACCACAUGUUAAUACACAUUAAAGGAAAACCAUAUUCCGACCUGUUAAAGUCUUGAGUUGAGGAAGGACAUCAUUAUUUUUUGUAGAUGUUUUCAAAGUACUUUAGGUAAAUAUCUAGAAUGAAUACAUUGAAAUAAUACUAGUACUAGUAAUACGAAUUCCAUGCAAAUCGACAUGUUGAUAUACUAACAUAUUACCUUAUAACACUAGACAGAAUAUUGUAAAGUAGAGCUAGAAAUGGCUACUAUACUAGCCACUGAGGACUAUUUAACUUAACAUUUGAUGUACGCAGGAUAGGCAAGUUUUGCUUGACUUUGAAAGGAUUCAAACCAAAAUUUCCCACCCAUCCCAUCAAAGCCACUCCUCCAAAACACAUGAACGUGCUGCCUUACUAUAACCGAGAGGUAGGUAGGUAGACAGACAAGUAGCCCGUCCAAUAAUUGCAUUCGGUCCAAAUGCCGUGCAAUCAUAAUUGUUAACUUAAUGAUUGAUCGUUUUUAUUACAGUCCUGCGACGCCCACAGAUAUUGGGUUGAUUUAAUUUAAUCAGUAUGCAAAGUUUAUUUCAGCAAAUAUGUCAAAAGGAGCUUCUUAACAACAUUACCUACCCUGCCUUUAAGUAAAUGGAACAUAAACACUGCCUUUCUUUUAUUCAUCAGCCCACAUUACAAUUUACUACUUUGACAACACUUAUAUUUAAUAUAGUGUUAUAUAGAAGAGUAGGCCCAAAUUAUUCCAAUGUAGGCUUACCUGUACCGAUACAAAUGGCAAAUAAACUUGUGCAUAUUGUAUUCUUAUA